CUAAACGAAAUGGAUUUUUCAACAGAGCAAACGCUUAAUUAUCUUUUGACAGAUGAAAGCCUUAAUUAUAUGGCAUGCCAGUCCAUAUGCAGAUUAUGCGGUGAAUUUAUAUAUGAUGGUGCCGAAAAUAUUUUUGUAAAAGGCGGAGGUGUUUUAAGGCAUCACAUAGAAUCGCUGACAGGGCUAUGGUUGGAGGACAUUUCCAAUAUGCCAGAUCAAAUUUGUAUUCCGUGCAGCUUUGAUUUGGACCAAGCGGUUGCCUUCCGGGAACGUUGCAUUAGUACUCAACUGCGAUUAUUGAAAAACGUACAUGAUAAUUCCAAUAGGACUAAUAUUGGUUUUGAAAUUUAUGAACUGGGAGAAUGUGGUAAGAGUCCCGAUCCAGCCACAACAAAUGGAAGUCAAAUCCAUGAAAGCAGCACUGACUGUAUUGGAGUAUGGGAUAACCCGGAAGAUGGCAUAGGGCACUCAAAUCCACCACAAAUUGUGGGAGAAGCAACAAUGCAUCAAAGGAGAAUCCGAAAAAGAAAACAUGUUUGUGAGAAAUGCAGGCGAAAAUUCGACAACACCGAAUUUUACGAGAAACACCUUCUCCGGCAUUUAGCAAACGGACGAUUUCAUUGCAAAUUAUGUGACCUUAAAUAUGAUCGAAAAUCCGAUUUCGCAAGACACUUGCGUAGCUUUCAUGAGCGGAAGGAGUUAUUACCUUGUAGGCAUGACAAGUGUAAUGAGAAAUUUACAUCGCAAACGUACAGAUUAAAGCAUGAAAAAAGACAUUUGAAAAACAAUCGAUUUGCACGUUUUUAUUGCAAAUUAGGUGGCCACACAUUUGAACGAAAAUGCCACUUCAUAGGACACAUAUGUUUAGUUCAUAAGGACAAGACGCCAGAUGAAAUCACUAACAAUUCAGGUGAAAUCUUAAAUCCAUUGCAAAAUGGAGAAGUUGCAACAACGGAGGAAAGUAAUGUCCAAAAAAUCGAGGAUUGUGGUGGCAGUUUAGUAAAAAGACGUUUAUAUUGUAAAUUAUGUGGCCGGGUAUUUGGUCGAAAUUCCAACUUACUGAGACACAUGCGUUAUCAUAAGGAAAAGAAGUCCAUUCCUUGCACGUAUGACAACUGUAAUAUGGAAUUUAUAUCGGUUGCGGCCAGAUUAGAGCAUGAGGCAAAACAUACUAUGCUGAAUGAAGAAAGGAGGGAACACGAAAUGUCUGACCCAUCUCCUAAGGUCCAGAAGCCAGAUGACAUCUGUAAUAUGGAAGUCAAACCGCAAUCGAACAGAUUAGACAAUGGAAGCUCUGACGAUUCUGGUGAAUGUAAUAAGCCGGAAGAAGGCAGUGAAUACUCAAAUCCAUUACGAACUGAAGACGUAGCAACAACGGGGAACCGUAAUGUCCAGAAAAAAAAUAUUUGUGUGGCAAAUGUAGGCAACAAUUUUCCAGCGGCGAAUCUUACGAAAAACACCUUCUCCGCCAUUUAAAAAGCGGGCGUUAUCUUUGCAAAUUAUGUGACAUUAGAUAUUAUCGAACAUACAAUUUAGUAAGACACAUGCAAUUAUGCCAUAAGAACAAGAAGCCAGAUGACAUCGGUAAAAUGGAAUUCAGACCCCAAUCGACCGAAUUAGUACAUGAAACCUCUGACGAUUCUGGGGAAUGUAAUAAGCCGGAAGAAGGCAGUGAAAACUUAAAUCCAUUACAAACUGAAGACGUAGCAACAACGGAGGGAAGUUAUGUCCACGAAACCGAGAGUUCUUGUGACAAAUGUGGGUGUUUCGUAAAGGAACGUUUUUAUUGCAAAUUAUGUGACCGGAGAUUUGGCCGAAGAUACAACUUCUUAAGACACAUACGAUCAGUUCAUAAGAACAAGGUGCCAGAAGACAUCUGUAAUAUGGAAGUCGAACCGCAACCGACCAGAUUAGACGAUGAAAGCUCUGACAAUUCUGGUCAAUGUAAUAAGCCGGAAGAAGGCAGUGAAAACUUAAAUCCAAUUGAAAAUGAAGAUGUAACAUCAGCGGAGCAAAGUCAAGUCCCCAAAAGAGGGAAUUAUUGUGCGCAAUGUAGGCAUUCAGAAAUCAAAUAUUUUUCAUGCAAAUUAUGUGGCCGUGGAUUUGAUCGAAAAUAUACCUUCGUAAGACACGUACGUUUAGUUCAUAAGAACAAGAUGCCAGAUGACAUCUGUAAUAUAGAACUCAGACCGAGAUCGACCAGAUUAGUCGAUAAAAAGUAAAUAUUGCACUUCGUUUGCUUUUCGGCAUCAUUUAAAUCGAUUUGAUUGCACUUCUGAUAAUUAUGGUCAAUGUAAUAAGCCGGAAGAAGGCAGUGAAUACUCAAAGAGCCUACAGAAAAUAAAACUACACUGCUGAGUCCAUUGUACUGCUUGAGUGACCGGAAAAUCCACAUAUUAGUCAGACCAUUUAUGUGCGACAUAUACGAUGUUUCGUUUAAAAGGGGAUAUAAUUUAGAGAGACAUCAGUCCAUCAGAACCACCUAUUUAAAUAUGCCCAGGGCGGAAUUUUGUGUACGUAUUUUAUUUCUCGAUCCUUCAAAUAAACUAUUAAUC